CUGACCGGUCACCUCGUAGUAUCGCGCGCGCGCAAUCGGUCCGGAUUUGUGCCCUCGUUUGAAAACGCGACUACCCGCGUCGGUCAUCGAUGUUGGUCGCGCUGUCCUCGACGGCGCAGGCGGCGACGGACGCCACGCACAGGGACCCGCCGGACGGCCACGGCGGUACGUCGACCACGGUGAUUGCACUGUCUGCGGCGUGCGCCACGCUCACGAUCCUCGUGCUGGCCAUGUCCGCGGUCGACGUGCCGUACUUCUGCCGCACGCUGUUCGCCUAUGUGUCGGCCACCUGGUGCCAGCGGCGGCCUCUGGGCCUGCUCGAGACGGCCGUCUACUCGUCCGUGUGCCUGACCACCGACCUGGACGUGUACCUGACGCACAUGAACAACGCACGGUACCUGCGCGAGAUCGACCUGGCGCGCGUCGAAUUCCUGCUGCGCACGGGUCUGUGGCGCGAACUGCGUCGCCGCGGUGGCCUCAUGUUCACCAUCGCCAACAGCGUGCGGUACCGCAAGUUCGUGCGCACGUUCGCCCGGUAUGAGAUCCGCAACCGGCUGGUGUACUGGGACGACGUGUCCGUGUUCUUUGAGUACCGGUUUGUCACAAAGGCGGACGGGUUCGUGCGGGCCAUCGUGUACAACCGGCAGCGCGUGGUCGGUUGCAGUGCGGACGAACUGGUCCGCUCGGUGGCCGGUACCAAAACGGUCGACGGCGGUGCCGUCCAAAGACCUGAGUGUCCAACCGAGAUCCACCACUGGAUACAGUCCAACCUCGUGUCCAGCGCCAAUUUGAGAGCCGAGAACGGAGGCCGCGGCAACGAUCCCUGACCAUCUACACCCAUCGUCCGUACGUCAUCACAUCCCGUCCAUCACGGUGGCCACCGCACUCCCAGGUCCCGGUCAAAGUUCAAUUGCUUCGCGGUGUUUACCAUUUAUCCUCUUUGUCCCUACCUAUUUUCGUCACAUCGCCCACUUACUGUUGUCUUCGCGUGAUCCUGUGAACAACCAAUAACGAAUAACAUAUACGUGUACGUAUUAUAAUUAUAUUUUAUCUAAAAAAGGAUUUAAGCGAAAUUUUCGUAUGACACUUUUGACGAGUAAAACGUAGUACAAAUGUUGAGCUAACGUGUUAGAAUCGGCAAUAAAAAAUCAAUUCGUGACCCCCAUCAGAGAAUGCUAUUAUGUAUAAUUUCGAUUUAAAAAUUAAAAAUUUUAAAAAUUUGAUUUAUUUGUUAUCUGAAAAAAUCACCAAAGACAUAACCAAAUAUUAGAAUAAUAAACUGAUUACCACUUUGUUUGAAAAAAUAUGAAGAUUUUUUUUUAUCCAAUUUACGUGUGUCUUAUUUUUCAUUAUUAAUAUUUUUUUAAUUACAAUCGUGGAUUUUUAGAAAAAUCUGUAAUAGGUUCUGUGUCUAUUUUUCCAUGUAAAAGCAAAUCUCUGUUGGCAAAUUUCUCUCAAUGCAAAGUCAAUACGUGCAACGAUAUUGAAACUCUUAACUUUUUUUCUUCCGUGAAUUUUUUUCGUGGGAGCUUUUAUAAUUUCCGCGUCAUAACGAGAAACUGCCACUAAACUUACAUUUAUCACUGAUGGACAUUGGUUUUGUUUUUUGUAUUUGUAUUCAAUGUAGGUCAAAUACUUAAAAAAAAAAGUAUACAAACGUUUGCAGAUAAAUAAUGCGUUUAAUUAUCAUUCAAA